GCACCCGGGUGGGCGGCAGCGACACCGCGUCUCAGCCGGAACGCGUCGCUAACGUUUCCGUCGCCGGUACCGGACUCGUUUUUGUAACACCCGACAGCGCGAUGGACGCGCUCCUCUCCCGGCUCUUCUCCUCGGAGGAAGAGGAGCGCCACGCGUUGGACUGCAUGGCGCACCUCCUGCUGCUCAUGGCGGCCUGCACGUUUGUGACCCUGCUCUUUGAGAACGUGCCGUACGGGCGCUAUGCCACCAGCAGGUAUGGAUUCCCGGUGAACGCCCGCUUGGCUUGGUUCGUUCAGGAGCUGCCCGCCUUCCUGGUGCCGCUGUGUCUGGUGGUGUGGACGUCCCCCGGUAAAACCUCCCUGCUGCCCAACCGGCUGCUCAUUGCCAUGUACUUCUGCCACUAUGUCCACAGAUCCCUUAUUUAUCCUUUUCUAAUCCGAGGAGGUAAACCAACCCCGUUCGCCUCAUUCGCCCUGGCCGUUGUUUUCUGCAUCUAUAAUGGGUACAUGCAGAUCAGGUACCUGAGCCAUUAUGCAGAGUACCCUGCAGACUGGGUCACACAUCCACGCUUCAUCGCAGGUUCUCUGCUGUGGCUGCUCGGCUGGGUGGUGAAUGUGCACUCUGACCACAUCCUGAGGAGCCUGAGGAAGCCCGGAGAGACCGGCUACAAGAUUCCCACAGGCGGGAUGUUUGAAUACGUGUCUGGAGCCAACUUCUUGGGGGAGAUAACCGAGUGGGCCGGCUUCGCUCUGGCCGGCCGCUGCAUUCACAGCUCGGCUUUUGCCGUCUUUACCACAGUGGUCCUGGGCAGCAGGGCCGUGGCCCACCACAAAUGGUACCUCGCUAAGUUCGAGGACUACCCUAAACACAGGAAGGCACUCGUUCCCUUUCUUUUCUAAAGGCUCCCCGGGGACUGGAAGGCUUUUAAAAGGUACCGGUUCCUUACAAUGGCAGAGAAGAACAUCGCCACCAUAUGAAUACGCCUCGGUUAGAACAAACCUGAAGAGAUUAUUUUUUGGUUUUAUUGCCGCAAACGGAACAAACAAUCCGAGCUGCACACGAGCAACACACCGUCAUUUUAACUAUUGUUUAGUUUUUGCCUUUGCUUAAUACUGCAAUGUCCAUGACGCAAAAAUCACCGCGGCAACCGUGGACUGGACUUUCUUUUUUAAGACUCGUCUGUUGCGAGGGCAUCUUUUUUUAAAGGUCCCUCACGUGAAAGACAAAGGGCCUUGAAUUCCAGACGCAUUUUUCCUACGGACGCCACCAGAGGGACUUUUCUCAUCUUCUCCAAGUCCAGAGAAGAGGUCAAGCUCAAUAAAUGAAGAGUUGCCUCAACACAUGGCUCCUGUGAAGGGUUUCUGAGGAGGAGAGAUACAAAGAAAGGCUGCCGAAGACGUGGCAGAAACGGGUUGAAUGGACGAGUUUGUGUGUGAGCGAAUGAAACGAAGACUGGGACAAAACAUGAGAAACGGAAACAAUGCAAUAAAUCUUAACAUUUCA